AUGAACAUGAAGCACCACUGCUCCCAGGCGCCCUCUGCUGGAGGACACCGGUUGACCUCUGACCUCGUGUCCAGGGGUCAGUCUGGGUCUGGGCCAGUCCUGUUGUCGUGGAAACGGGACCGGAGUCAGCGGACGGUCAGCACUGGGUUCAGGGGCCGGGGCCCGCUCCCACACGCAGGGGCCCCGGGGGUCAGGAGGCAGGCCCCAGUACUGCAGCUGUCACAGGCUAGUCACUUCCUGUCCCUCGGUCAGUCCCGGGUCAGUCCGCGGUCAGGAGCGUCCCAGUUCAAAGGUCACCACUCUCCCCUGUCCACAGAGGCACUCAAAACACCAUUUGUAUUCAUCUGUGUCAUUGUUUGCUAA